UCUUCGGCACGGACGAAAUGAAGCAGAGAAACGAAUAGUAUUAUUCGCAUCGGGAAGCAGACAUGGACGUCUCAACAAGCCAAACAACAGACUUUCUCUCGCCAACAGGGGACGCCCUGUUACGCUGGCACGAAAGGAUCGUGCAUUGGGUGCUUCGCCAGGGAGUCGUACCGCGACAUGUUGCAAUCGUCCCAGACGGCAACCGGCGCUUCGCUAGGAAAAACGGAAUGAAACUGAGCAACGUUUACUGCACUUUGCUGGAAAAACUUAUUUGGAUCUGGCCCCGUCUCGUAGCGCUGGGCGUCACCGAAAUGACAAGCUUUCUGAUCAGCACCCGUAACUUCAGCCGCGACAAUACGGAAGUCGUUGCUGUGGUGGAUGGACUGGAGAACUUCUUCACGAAAACCUUGCACUCCUUGCACAUAUUCCGUCGAAUAAAUUGGAGCGUCACAACAGCAGGCAACCUCAAAAUGCUACCCAAAAACAUGCAAGCGAAUGUGGCUAGGAUUGAGACCGGCACCGAUGACGAAUCCUGCAAAAAGAAACUGAGGUUCUGCGCAGCUUACAGCAGUAAGCUAGACCUGACGAACAUGGUGAAGGAUUUUGUUGAUGCCAUCCGAUCAGGUGUUAUCCAGUCAGAUGACAUCAGCGCAGGCCUUAUCGUGGAGUGGCUGGAGCUGAAUGAGGCUUCCGAAACAGAGCUGUGGUUCCGCAGCAGUGGUGAAAGGCGCUUCAGUGAAUUCCUGGUGCUACAGAGUGGGUACUCGUACAUGUGCAUAGAAAGGCAGCUUUGGCCCGCUGUGACGUUCUGGAACUGGGUUAGAGCGAUCCUGCGAUUUCAAUUUCACUGGCCAUAUAUCAAGGCUGUGAAGGACAAACAUGCUAAGCUGUGGCCGGCAAUGUGUGACCGAAACGACAGUGCAAGAACGAUUCGCCAAAAUUCCUUCUUGAAACACACCAAAUCCAAAAGGAUGGCUCAUAUGAAUAGCUUCUGCUACGACAAGAAAUCUCUUCAAUUUGAAGACCCCAUCUAAUAAAGGUUUCAGAAAAAAAAACAGUGAAAAGA